UUCAAUUCAAGGCUUUGUUAUAAAACCUUUUUUAUUGAUUUCAUAGUGCAAAGCAGCAUCUCUCAUUUCAAUGUCCGAGCAAGCGAUGGAAAAGCCUUUUAGCAUUUCAACUCUGCCUGAAAAUGGUGGAUUGGAGAAUACCCCAUCGCUCAGGGAUCAGAAACUUGAUGAGAAACCUCAAGAUUCAGGAAAAAUUUUGCGAGAAACAUGCAUGGAAAUGGUGGAGCAAGCGAUUGAAAAGCCUUUUAACAGUUCAACUCGGCCUGAAAAUGGUGGGUUGGAGAAUACCCCACCACUCCAGGACCAGAAACUUGAUGAGAAUCCUCAGGAUUCAGGCAAAGAUUUGCGAAAAACAUGCACCCCGGACAGGCUUAAAGUCCCGAAAGCAUUCAAGUAUCCGGAAAGGUAUAGAAGUCCGACUGAUUCUAUGAUGUCGCCUGUUACAAAAGGUCUACUUGCAAGAAACAGGAAAGCUGGAGGUUCACUGUUACCACCUAGUAUAAAUCAAACUAAGAUUCAUGAAUUGCGUGUACAAGAUAAUGGCCUUUCUCAGAACUGAUGGUUGCUGUUUCGAGAGCUUAAAACCAGAUAGAUUCUUGAGCCUGCUGAAUUUGUCUGAAACGGUGUUCAUGCCUAUAAAUCACUAGCAAAAACAAUGCUAUACAUGAGAUGUAAUCUUUUUCAUUUUCUUUCAUCUAGUUUUUGAACGUGAAAUCUUAUUCUAAUAAUAACAUUAAUUUUCCUUU